AUGACAUUAGACAACAGUGAUAGUAUCAUUGUACAAAACCAGAGGCCUAUAUUCCUGCUGUUGUCAAUUGUAUAUGUACUGUUGUCUCUUUCAUCGUUUGUACAACUAGUGCGAAUACAUUUGUUUGGCUUUCCACUUAGACGUAUAACAACUCAAAAGUCAUUCCUCUUUCUAUUAUUUAUAACAUCAGCCUUCAGAGUGGCAUUCUUUGUAACUAUAUGCUUUAUUGAUACAGAAUUGACGUUUAACAUUGGAAUGUUCAAUGUUGAAGCCUUCACUAUAUUGGAUGAUCUUGGUUCGAUAACUUUCUUCACAACCUUUUGUCUACUCAUUCUAUUUUGGAUUGAAAUAGUAUAUCAAUCAAGGAAUAAGCAACAUAUAUAUAGGAGUUUGGUUAGACCGGCAUUCUUGGUUGUCACUGGUUUGGUGUAUUUAGUCCAGAUUGUCAUUUGGAUAUUGAUCGUUACAUUGUCUGAUAGCACGCAUGACGAGAUGGAUCGCGUGGACAAUGGAUUCUACGCAGUGGUGUCAUUGGUGGCUGGCAUUGGAUUCACAUAUUAUGGCAUCAAACUAUCUAUCAAACUGAAGCGCAAUCCAAUCAACUCGCAUGAGAAACGACGCAAACUCAUCGAGGUCACAAUGUUCACGGUGUUGUGCACCAUCUCAUUCAUGAUUCGAGCGCUCAUCUUUUUGACCAUCACUAUCAAGGGAUCAAUCACAGUGAAUGGCGUAUCGAUCAUGAUGUACUAUGCAAUCAGUGAGAUCAUCCCUUCGACAUUUGUCAUUAUACUGUUUAGAAAGAUGCCACCUCGUCCAGCCUACACAUCACAGAUACGCGUCAACUUUGGUCGAGACUCAAUCCAGAAGCCACAUUACUUCCCUCAAGAUGACAACAGUCGUGGAGGCGGUGCAGUUGUUGCUGUACCUGGUGUUGUUAACAGUAUCAAUGACAACAUUGGCGAUGAUUAUGAUGAUGGCGAAGUUGAGAAUGAACCAUUAAUCAAUAGUUCAAAUGCUGAUGAUCAUCCAUCGAUUGAAGAUGAUUGA